AUGCCACCGCAAAUCAACCAACCAUCACGCUUGAACUCUCUAUUUGUGAUUCCGGGCCCUGGCAGUCACAAAAAGAUUGCUAAACGUGAUGGUAAUCGCGGGGUUCACGAGAGUCCAGAACCGAAGGAACCAGAUGAGCCAUUAUGGCAGGCCGUAAACGAAUGGGAUCAGCCUAUUUGGGGUUGGGUUAUCAUCAACUACGCGAAUAGUGGCCUGCAGUUCUUUCUCCCAGAUGGCAUCUUCUACCGGGAGCUUCGACUGCCAGCUGGCCCAGAAGACAAGAUGAGUUCUGAUCUGUCGCACAAACCGCUUUGGCUACCGUCCCAGCAGCCCGAUGACCCAAAAGAGGUACUCAGAUGGGAUAUGCAGCAGCUAUCGCGACUAGUCAAGACUCUGGCUCAAUCUACUCCGUGCCUGGACAAGUUUAUCGACAUGGUUAAGCGCGCCUCAUCUGCAAAGACGCCUGCCCCUGGCUAUGCUGAGUUUGGAAGUGCUCUUACUGGACGCCCCCUAGCUCUGACUUACAUGGCAUGGUCCCUAGAGCUUGCGGGACCAGAGUGUACCAGCCAAAUGGAUGAUGAUCCAGCGCCAUCACCGACUCUACUACCGCCACGCUUAGAGGACAAAGAUCCGCCCCAACAAUAUUCCUUUCCUAUCAAGAUUGGCGACAAGCAACCAAACUUUGAUGGCCUUGUCGGGUAUUUUCUACCCAAGGCCGCUGAGGAUGUAGAGCAGGGCGACGCCUUAGAUCUCACCAAGAUAUACUCGCAUUUCGCCAUAACAAAUCCUCCGGCUGCAACAGCUACGACAAACGAUGAUCAAUCUGAAGGACCCAUCAUACCUAUAGCCUCAGGGAACUACCCUCAAGUCCGGGCUCACUACAUCACGCCCUCGAGCGUCCUGACACCAGCAGACUAUGCGACGCAGCGUGAUCUUGAACUACAACUCAGCGGCAUUGUUGUAGGCGCCCUCGUUGAUCCAUUCCUUCCCUGUCAUACAUUCACAGCUAUACUGCCCCCGAAAGAGCUGUCUUUACCGCCAUGGACUUGGCAGGAGAGUCUAGCUCGGAUGCAAAGAUUUUUCAAUGCAGGGCCCCUACUAGUAUCCUCUAACGUUCCUUCGUUCAACCCGGAGAAUGAGCUGAUGAAAGGUCCUCACAUCCCGAAGUUCGCAGAUGUAACUGCUGAUAAUGGCGAAUUGAGCCGUGUUGUGAGCCUACCGGUGGCGGACAUGGCUACUGGGUGGGCUUGGCUAGAGCCAUACACGGUUAAAAAUAGUCCGGAGGAGACAGAGUAUCCAUAG